CCUUGGCUACCGAUAAAACAUUUGCUUUAGUUGCGAAAGUUCAGCGGGUCCGGCAACAGCACGGGACUUCCUUCGGCGUAGUGUUUACAGUGCCAGAUUUUCCCUAGAGCCUCUCGAUUGCUGCACAAUGUCUGCCCUAGUCAACUACCCACGGGUACGUCUUUUAGAACCAAAUGCAGCACUAACACCUCUGUUGCAGGAAAUCCUGCGUAACUGCGACCGCAGAAACGUCCGAUACGAUCGCCCGCUGGUCCACUUCGUGAUUAAUCUCCUGAGCUUGGAUCCACAGUACGAGCUGUUCAUGGAAACGCUCAGUGCUGAUCGAAGAAAUCACGAUGAUUUCGUUGAAGCUUGCUGCAAUCUGCUUGCCGACGACCGAUCGCCAACACUGAUCACUCUCCGGAUGCAGUGCUACUUUCUGGACAACUUCUUCGACAAGGAGGAAAUUGUGGAGAAGCAUGCGCGCAACCUGCAGGCCAAAACGUUCGCCCUGACGAAGGAGAUCAUCGACAACGACGUCAUUACGAAGGAUGAACAGGACGAGGUGUUUAACAAGGUGAUCCUGGACAUUGUCAUAAACAUGGGUUUGGGCAAUCCGGACUGUAAGGAUGUUAUCGCCGAAACGAUGCGUGCCCUAAACUCGGUGAUGUCGCGCAGCGAUAAGGCAAAGUUUGUUACACUCGACCGGAAGGAUCGUCUGAUGGCGCUGAAAGACAUUCGCGAGAUUGUAGCCGGCAUCCGCAUCUUCAACAAGCACUCCGGGAAUACGGCCAACGGCAUGGCGGACUUGCCAAAGAUUAUCGACCAGUCCCACGAAUCGACGAAAUCGAUUCUUCAAAUAACGCUGUGUGAAAUCAUGGACAAGGUGAACCUGCUGACAAGUGCACUGAACGCAGCGAUAGCGUACGAUUUGCGCAACCGAUCGAUCAUAACGCUGCUGCCGGAAAACAUUACCGCCGACGAUUUUGAAACCAUCAAAGACCUGCUCGCCAUGUACCGGCAGCACGAGGUGUACACGCGAAAGCUGAUAGACGAGCUGGCAGGCAUUAAGCUGAGCAUUGAUGGGUGUAAGCAGGAGUACGAGGCGAAGCUGUUGCGCAUCCACGAAGCCGUCCAGUAUCGUACCGCCAUCCCGACGGAUCGUGUUUUUCCUAAAUUUUCCGAACUGACACGCGUUUGGUUGCAGUUUCAAAAUUUCAUAUUUCUCCUCUCGGAAAUGAACCAAAUCAGUAACACGCUGACAAGCCUCACGGAGCGAUGCGCUAGUUUCGAUGACCUGGCUUACCGCUUGCUAGGCGAAAGUCAGAUACAAACCGAUGUCGAUCGGUUGAACAAAGUCAGCUCGAAGCGGUUCGUCCUGCCCGAUCCGAAGAACUGUGAAAUUGUUCCGUACGAUGAAAGCAUGCAUAUUCAGCUGCUCAAGUUCUGCCUGUGGCACUUGGCCGAAGGCAAGGGUUUGCUUAUGCCUGGAAGCACCGAGCUGGGUGUGUGCCGUGUGCAGAAGGAACACUUUCUCUUUAACAUCCCCGAACCGGUGUCAUUUUUUGACGAGGAACCAAAUAAAUACUUCUUCAAAAUAGUCGAGACGGCAAGGAAGAAAAUACAACUCAUCUGUCUGCUGAACAUGUACGACAAGGUACAAUCCUCGUACAAUGCGCCCCGAAGCGAAGGCUUUCAGAUGAAGAUAACGACCACCUGCGAUCAGGAGGUACAAACUGAUCUCCAUCCCGUACCAUCUAACAUUGAUCGCGAAUAUCGCUGGAACGUUUGGGAUUACCGACGGGAAGCAAUCCGGCUUGCUAACAUUCGCACCAAAAAAACCACUUCCGUGCAGACGCUCGAAUCGAGCCGUGCCAUACCGAAGUCGACACAGAUUUAUCUCGGUAAACCACAGACCACUCAAACGCGUGUCAGCCGGAGCACGGAAACGGAACAACGGCGGCAAACGGGACUGAAAGUGAUCGAACCAUCGGCACCGUCCCCUUUGAAGGUGUACGCACUGACACUAGCGCAGACGAGUCGUUCCGCUUUCAACCGAAACGGAGAGCGUUAGAAGGGAGCUGCUGACACGAAAUCUUACAAAAUAGUCGUAACGAGCGUUACAUUGUAGCAGGUAGACUCUAACAUCCCCCAAAUCAUACCUGGAAUAUUGAUGACCAUAUGCUGAAGAGUCCUUUGUGGCGAUCCUUUUGGCCAACGUUACACUUGAGCACGUCCGUCAGUCGGAUCGGUUUUUUCAUGCAAGCAAAGAACUGCAACAUCGACAGGCAGGCCCGUACAUCGUUUCCGGUCUUUUCUGCCAGUGCCAGCAUCGAGGUAAGAUCCGUUGUUAUCUGUUCCUUCUUCGCGAUCACGAGUAGCCUACCGAAAAGAAGUGAAAAAUUAGAUUAAAUUUUAAUAAAGGGAUGAUUAUCGCGUGCUUUACGUACCGUUCCGCUA